AUGGAAGUGGAGGUGAUGUUACCAUCACCGCCUGUGGAUUUAAACUUUGACAGUGCGAGCACUUCACCAUACAUAACUGCCCCUUCAAGCCCACAACGAUUUGGAAACUUAUUCUAUAGUACCCCCACCAGCCACACCAGUGUCUCCGCCCUCUACAGAGACUUCAAGAACUACAGCGCCGCCGCAACUGGUCGUGGUGAUACUACCAAUGAUGAUGGUGCAGAUUUUGCUUUUGAUUUUAGUGGUCAACUGGAGAAAAGUUCAUUAACUGCUGAUGAACUGUUUGAUGGUGGGAAAAUCAAGCCCCUAAAACCCCCUCCACUCUUACAAUACGAAAACAAGCCACCCGAUCCUCCGAAAUCUGCUCAAUCACCCAAGAAAUUCACCCCGCGUCACAGGAAGGAAGAAUUUGAUCCAUUUGCGGUUGCCAUCAACCAAACCCAAAAAGAAAACAUUCAAGAAAGCUCUCGAAGAACAAAAUCUUUAUGUCCUUUCAGAGUUUCCGACUUAUUAUUUGAUGCGGACUACAAUCAAAGAGAAUCCAAGAAUUCUUCUGCAGUACCUUCUUCAUCAAAUUCAUCCAUUUUUUCAGCUACAUCUUGGUACAAAAAAUGGAAAAUAAAGGACUUGUUACUGUUCAGAAGUGCAUCAGAAAGUAGGGCAACAGAGUUGAAGAAAAAUUGCCAUCAAGAUGGUGAUCAAGUGAUCAAGAGUUGUAGCUUUAGAUCAACGGACAGUGUUGGAUCAGGAUCGAGUAGAAGAACAACAGGGCCAUCUAUUUCAGCUCAUGAAUUGCAUUACACUCCCCUAAAACCCCCUCCACGCUUACAAUACGAAAACAAGCCACCCGAUCCUCCGAAAUCUGCUCAAUCACCCAAGAAAUUCUCCCCGCGUCACAGGAAGGAAGAAUUUGAUCCAUUUGCGGCUGCCAUCAACCAAACCCAAAAAGAAAACAUUCAAGAAAGCUCUCGAAGAACAAAAUCUUUAUCUCCUUUCAGAGUUUCCGACUUAUUAUUUGAUGCGGACAACAAUCAAAGAGAAUCCAAGAAUUCUUCUGCAGUACCUUCUUCAUCAAAUUCAUCCAUUUUUUCAGCUACAUCUUGGUACAAAAGAUGGAAAAUAAAGGACUUGUUACUGUUCAGAAGUGCAUCAGAAAGUAGGGCAACAGAGUUGAAGAAAAAUUGCCAUCAAGAUGGUGAUCAAGUGAUCAAGAGUUGUAGCUUCAGAUCAACGGACAGUGUUGGAUCAGGAUCGAGUAGAACAACAGGGCCAUCAAUUUCAGCUCAUGAAUUGCAUUACACUGUUAACCGGGCUGUGUCUGAAGAGAUGAAGAAAAGGACUUUCUUGCCAUAUAAACAAGGAUUACUGGGCUGCCUGGGGUUCAAUCCCAGUGCUUCUUCGUCUCGUUGA